AUGAGUUUUUUAAGGAGAGAUAAAUCUAAAGCCAACUUUAGAGAUGGUUCUACUGCUGGAUUAGAGGAACCAGUUUCCCCCACUACUCAUUUUUCACCCAACCCUCCACCUCCAGUUGAAGGCAACCAUGGAGAACAUUAUCAUGAUCCAGACUCCCCCAGAUCCUCUGUUGUAUCAUUACCGCAACUCAUCCAUAACUCUGCUACUCACCAUUUAAAAGAGAAUUAUCGCGGGUUCCAUGCCAACAAACGACCAAAAGGUAUUGCCAAUGUCCCGCCGUUAGCCCAACCCAUUAAACCACGAUUUAAAAAGAAGAGCAAUUCAUUAUUGAACAAACUAAUAUAUUCUACAAAGAAAGAAGACGAUGAAACAGCCAUAACCGGGAAAGAAUCUCGAGCAAGCUCCAUUGUAUCGGACGAAAAACGGAAAAGUGCAAGCCUGGCAUCGUCCGGUAGCUCAAGACAGAAAUUUAGAUUUUCUUCAUUUGAUAGUAAUUUGUCUUCAUCGUCCACUUCUCCUCCUAAGGAUAAAAAGGCACUGAUUUCUGAUACUGUGUCUGAUUCAUCAACCGUUACCGCACCCAUAUCAAAUAUGCCAACAAUAUCGAUUGAUCUUAAUCUUGAUGAGAUGCACGACAUUGUCAAGUCUCCAGAAACCCCUACCCCGAUAGCUGGUAUGCCAACUCAGAAAGUAGAGAAAAAGGCUUCACCUACAGCCAUCAAAAAUUGGCAAGCUCCUGAAAGUUGGGACGUAAAGGCCCCCACUAAAAAGGAAGAACCUCAUCCACCCAAGAUCGAAGAAAUUGCCCAAGACGAUGAAGCAAUAGAUAAUGUGUUGGAAAAGAAACGAUUACCAGUAUUAUAUGGUACUCAUCAAGUGCCGCAUGUCACAAAUUCGAAGGACAUAAAGUCAAGUCACAUUAUUCGAGUAUUCAAAGAAGAUAACACAUUCACGACAAUCUUGUGUCCAUUGGAAACAACAACCAGUGAGCUUUUGGCUAUUGUGCAAAAGAAAUUCUUUCUUGAGUCAACAACCAAUUUCCAACUAUCAGUGUGUAUUGGGAACUGUGUUAAGGUAUUAGAAGAUUUUGAAAAACCUCUCAAGAUUCAAAUGGGGUUACUCUUACUUAGUGGUUAUACCGAGGAGGACAAGUUGAGAAUGCUAGGGAGAGAAGACUUGUCAUUUGUAUGCAAAUUUGUUGUUGAAAACAUAUUUUUGCGAAGUUUGACUCAUGAUGAAGAAGUGUUAUUGUCUCGGAAUUACGUUGAUGUCAAUAUCUCGUCUCUAAAUUUGAAAAAUAUCCCUAUUAUAUUCCACCAGCACACUUAUGAAAUUGAGAAAUUAAAUGUGGCCAACAACCCCUCUAUAUAUUUGCCAUUAGAUUUUAUUCAAGGGUGUACGACUUUGGCCUAUGUGGACUUUUCCCACAAUGGGUGCUCUAAAUUUCCUAACAACUUAUUAGAAGCAACCCAAUUGACUCAUUUGAACUUGGAAAUGAACUUUUUGGAUGAAAUACCCCAAAGAAUUAGCUGUUUAUCAAAUUUAACAAACUUGAAAUUGAGUUCGAAUCAGCUUUACUCACUUCCGCAUUCCUUUGGUACAUUAACUAAUUUGAAACUACUUGAUUUGUCGUCCAAUUACUUUGAUACCUACCCUGAAACAGUCAACAAAUUGAUCAAUUUGGUCGAAUUAAAUUUUUCGUAUAAUGAUUUGUCGUUAAUUCCUGAAUCUAUUGCAAACUUGAUUAACUUGCAAAAAUUGAAUUUAUGUACCAAUAAAUUAUCAGGAACAUUACCUGGUUAUUUAUCCCAACUUAAAUCUUUAAAGCGUUUGGAUAUCCGAUAUAAUAAUAUUUCCAAUGUCGACGUGUUGGGCAUAAUACCAAAUUUGGAGGUUGCAUAUGCAACCAAAAAUGCCAUCUCGACAUUUAGUGAUCAAAUAAAGACUUUGAGACUAUUGCAUUUUGAUAGGAACCCAAUAACAGAACUCAAGUUUAAUAGUCAGAUGCAAAUGUUGUCGGUUUUGGAUUUGUCCAGGGCCAAGAUUACAGCAUUCCCAGGAGAAUUUAUUGAAAAGAUCCCAAAUAUUGAAAAGUUGGUACUUGAUAAAAAUCAUUUAGUGUCUCUUCCCAAUGAACUUUGUCAAUUGUCAAAAUUAGUAUCAUUAUCUGUCCAUGCGAACAAUUUGCAGUCUUUACCAACAAACAUUGGAGAUUUAAGGUUUUUGAAGUAUUUAGAUUUGCACAGUAACAAUUUGAAAUCAUUACCAGAUCAAAUUUGGGAUCUUUGUCAUUUGACACUGUUGAAUGUUGCAUCCAAUAACUUGACUUCAUUUCCCAAGGCACCUUAUUCUGUGGUGAAAAGGUUGUCUUCGUCUCUUGUUGACGUACGUCUCGAGUCUUCGCAAACUUUAUCUUUAGCUGAUAGUUUGUUGAUUUUGAUAUUAUCUGAUAAUCGAUUAAGUGACGAUUGCUUUGAUGAGAUAUCAUUUUUGGUAGCCUUGAAGUCAUUAAAUGUAUCAUAUAAUGAUUUAAUUGAGAUCCCCCAGGGGGCAUUGAGUCGUUUAACUAGACUCAAUGAGUUGUAUUUAUCGGGUAAUGAAUUGACAACUUUACCAGCAGAUGACUUGGAAGUGCUAAAGUCAUUAAAAUUGUUAUAUAUGAAUAAUAACAAACUUGUCUCACUCCCGGCAGAGUUGAGCCGAAUUGCCAAUUUGCAACAUUUAGAUGUGAGCUCGAAUCAAUUGAAAUACAAUAUUUCUAAUUGGCCUUACGAUUGGAGUUGGCACUGGAAUAAAAAUUUAAAAUACUUGAAUUUUUCUGGUAAUAAACGGUUUGAAAUAAAACAAAGUCAUAUUAAAAACCCUGAAACAGGAGAAGAUUUCGAUAGUUUACUAGUGUUGAAACAAUUGAAAGUGUUGGGAUUGAUUGAUGUUACAUUAACGACAACAAAUGUUCCGGAACAAGCUGUUGAUUUGAGAUUGAGAACCACUGCUUCUGAAUUUGACAAUUAUGGGUAUGGAGUAAGUGAUUCAUUAGGUAUGAGGGACCAUGUUUCCGCUCGUGAUUUAUUUGUUCAGAAAUUUAGAGGCAAAGAAAACGAAAUGUUGCUUUGUGCAUUUGAUGGUAAACAUGGGGCAACCAACCAAGGUCACAGGAUCUCCUUGGUUGCGAAAAACAUGUUUGUGAGAAAUUUAACAAAAGAAUUGCAUGAGAUAAAGAGCGAUGAUGAAAUAGAAAACGCUUUAAGAAAAGCUUUUUUGAAUUUCAACAAAGAAAUCAAUGGUAUCUUGACUGCUAAAAAGAACAAGUCAUUUACCCCCAUGCCUAACAUGUCAAAAGAAGCUCUUGAAUUGAAUUUGGUCGACGAUGGUAACGCCGGUUGUACUGUAACUGUGAUUUAUAUUAAAGAUAAGAAACUUUAUUCGGCAAACAUUGGUGAUAUUGAGGCGUUACUUUGCAGGAACAAUGGUGAUCAGUUUUUACUUACCGAAAAACAUGAUCCUACCAAUCGAGAAGAGUUUGAAAGAAUUAGAGCCUCCGGUGGAUACGUAUCAGGUGGUGGGGAACUAGAUGGUCAUCUAUCGGUGUCCAGAGGGGUAGGAUUUUUCAACUUUUUACCACAUACACAUUGUGGACCUACUGUUCGUCGGUUUAAAAUCACUAAUGAUGAUGAUAUGAUUGUUUUGGGAAGCAAACAGUUGUGGGAUUUUAUAUCUUAUGAAUCGGCCGUUGACAUAAUUCGUAAAGAUAAAAAUGAUCCUAUGGUGGCGGCACAAAAGUUGCGAGAUUUUGCUAUAUGUUAUGGUGCAACCGAUAAAAUCUGCGUUAUUGUUUUAACUUUUGGUAAUAGGCAGAAACAAGCUGCCAACAUGUAUUCCAAUUAUGGUGUUGAUAGAAGACGUCGAGAUAAACAACAAGUUGUUGGAGGAGACUCUAAUCUCCGUAAAUUGGAACAAGAGAUUGAGCCACCAAUAGGACCAUUGGCAUUAGUUUUCACUGAUAUCAAAAAUUCCACUUUAUUAUGGGAUUCGUACCCGGCUCCCAUGAGAUCAGCAAUCAAAAUUCAUAACACGAUAAUGCGUCGUCAGUUGCGGAUUACUGGUGGGUACGAAGUGAAGACAGAAGGUGAUGCAUUUAUGGUGGCAUUCCCAUCACCAACUGCGGCGUUGUUGUGGUGUUUCCAAGUACAACAGAAUUUGGUGACAGCAGAUUGGCCAUCGGAAAUACUUGAAACUGAUCAGUGCUGUGUAGUAUCGGAUUCAGAAAAUAAUACCAUUUUCAGAGGGUUAUCGGUUCGUAUGGGUAUACAUUGGGGCUCUCCUGUAUGUGAACCAGAUGUUAUAACUGGUAGAAUGGAUUAUUUUGGGCCAAUGGUCAAUCGAGCCUCACGUAUCAGUGCUAUUGCUGAUGGGGGACAAAUUGCUGUCAGUUCAGAUUUCUUGGAUGUGUUGAACAGUUUAACUGUGAAACAUAAUAAUAUUAAAAAUAACGUUGAAUCUUUGAUUGAUGCUUAUCAGGGCAAUGAAAAUGCAGGAAUGACAAUUGAAAGAGAAUUGAAUGCAUUGGAAGACCUUGGAUGUAACUAUUAUAAAAUCGGUGAGCGUAAAUUGAAGGGGUUGGAAACGCCAGAACCGAUUACUUUGGUGUUUACAAAUAGAUUGAAAUUGAGAUAUGACAUAUUUCAAAAGAGACUUGAUGCUAAUCACAGUACCCGAGUGGCCGGGACUUUACCGGUUGAGAUUAUAUACGGAUUAAGAACAGUGUCGCUACGGUUGGAGAAUAUUUGUUCCUCGAUCAAUAAUGGUGGUAAUUAUUGUAGUGAAGGAUUUGAAUCAUCAUCAGGGGUUAUCUCACAAAAGAUGAAUUCAUCGUUUAAAGAUCUGGAUUUGAUCUCUUUGCUCAAUCAUGUUACAACUAGAAUUGAAAGUUGUACCUCAACAUUGUUUUUGCGUCAACAAUUAAGUCAAGUCAAGGGAGAUAUGGGGUUGAUAGAGACUACCAACUCUCCAUCUUUGGAUGUUAUCAUGGAUGAAAUAGCAGACAUCAUGAAAACAGUUAAUGAACUUAAAUAG